AUGUCCAUUCUCAUUAUGUUGGAUGUGGCCCUUGUCCAGGAGGCCUGGACUUUUAUCACCCUGGCGAGCCGCGCGGCAGUCGGGGCGCUGGUGAAGCAGUCCACGAACGCGGAGGGACGCGUUGAGGAGGUGAACCCCUUCUUGCAGGAGCUUCAGCCCAUCUGGGAGCUCGAAUGGUGGAUAGAUGUUUUCAACUUCUUCUCUGGCGGCUCUCCGUACAAGCAGGCCCUUGAGGAGGUCGGAAGCCUGAUUAGCGCCCUCGAUGGCAAGUUCAUCGAGCCAGGCCCUGGUGGUGACCCCAUCCGCAAUCCGGAUGUGCUCCCGACGGGCAAGAACAUGCACGCCCUGGACCCGAACUCCAUCCCAACGAAGGGCGAGAUGCCAGAGUCGAUUGCCUUCACCCUUUGGGGCACCGACAAUAUCAAGACUUACGGCGAGUCCUUGGCGCAGGUGCUUGCGCUGGUCGGUGCGCGACCAGUUCCGGACUCCCUGGGACGCGUGAACAAGGCCGAAGUCCCUUCAGAAAACGGUGGAGAUACGAAGUGUGUUCUAGCUUGUGUCGAGCUGAUCCCUCUCGAAGAGCUGGGACGGCCACGAGUCGAUGUGGUGUGCAAUUGCUCGGGUGUCUUCCGUGAUCUCUUCAUCAAUCAGAUGAACCUGCUCGACCGUGCUAUCAAGGCGGCAGCGGAGGCGGACGAGCCCCCAGAGCAGAACUUUGUCCGCAAGCAUGCGAUGGAGCAGGCGGAGGAGCUCAACAUCUCUCUCAGACAGGCCGCGACGCGUGUUUUCUCCAAUGCGGCGGGAUCAUAUUCCGCAAACGUUGGCAUUGCCGUUGAGAACGGUGCCAGCGUUGACGAGGAGCAGCUGCAGGCCUGGCUGCUCGGAGCUUGCGGGGCCUUUGCAACAUGGGUAGGCGGGCACGCAGCAGCACAUCCACCCCGACCCUCCGUCGUUGUAACCAUUUCUGCAGAGGUCGACGUGACCUUCCAGAACCUGGACUCCAGCGAGAUCUCCCUGACGGACGUCUCCCACUACUUCGACAACGACCCCACUAAGGUCGUCUCCAACCUCCGCAAGGAUGGGAAGAAGCCGGCGGCUCUGAUCGCUGACACGACCACGGCCAAUGCCCAGGUCCGAUCCCUCUCCGCCCAGGUCAGGCUGGACAGCAGGACGAAGCUCCUGUGCUUCGGAUGCAUAUGUUCACAAGUCCCUCCGCUUUGCAUCAAGUUCUAA